UGUGUGUGUUAUGUAUAUGCAAGUUGUGUAUAUACUAUGGAAGGUCCAUGAUAUGUACUCAGUCAUUCACAAAUCAUAACGGCAUUGCAGUCACUCAUUUACCGAGUUUAGUCCUGUAGAGUUCUCACGAGCGUACACACACCCGUACAUUCCUUCUAUCCUUUCCUCUCCGUCCUUUUUUUCAUCGGAAGUGCGUGGUAUGCUGUCUAUAUACGCAAUGAGCCAUAAAUGUGCAACGCGAUUGUCGUUCAACACAGAACGUUUUUAUCUGGAUACAUUUGAAGAUACUUGGAAGAUCAACAUGAAUGAGGUUGUAAGUAACUUCAAACAUAAUGAAUUGGGAUCAACAUUGAAGUCUUCACCAAAUGGAUCUCUAUUAUCACCGGUUUCAAUAACUAAUAAUGAUGCAGCGUAUGAUGAAGUAGAUAAUGUGGAUUAUCAUUAUGAAGCAGCUAGGCUACAAAGUUUUGAAAACUGGCCUGUAUCAUACAUUGAACCUGAGAAAUUAGCAGCUGCUGGAUUUUAUUACACUGGUGAAGGGGACGUAGUAAGGUGUUUUGAAUGUCAAAUAGAGAUACGUGAAUGGGUAGAAGGUGAUGUCCCUAUGGUUGAUCAUCAACGUUGGUCAGCAAGGUGUAGAUUUAUUCGGAAAAUAAAUUGUGGUAACAUACCAAUUGGAGCAGACCCAAGUACAAUUCCACCGCCAAGAAGCAGAGAUGUGUGUGGUCCAUAUGGUUUAGAAUACAGAUCUACAUCUGGUCCUGACAAUCGUAAUUUCCCAAGUGAAUUGCAACUACCAAGUACUGCUAAGCUUGGCUACUUAGGCAUAGGAAAGCCAAAAGGGCCAGUACAUCCUGAAUAUGCUAGUUAUGAUGCUAGACUACGUACAUUUGAAACGUGGCCAAAAUCGAUGCCGCAGACAAAAGAGCAAUUAGCAGAUGCUGGUUUCUAUUAUACUGGACAGGGUGAUCAAACUUUGUGCUAUUAUUGUGGCGGAGGUUUAAAGGAUUGGGAGCCAGAAGAUGAUCCGUGGGAACAACAUGCAAAAUGGUUCUCUAAGUGCUUUUAUUUGUUAAUGGUACAAGGUCAAGAUUAUGUAAAUAAGAUAACAGGACAGCACAUAUCACCACCUUCCAUAGAGGUAAAUAUGCCUUUUAUAGAAUAA